AUGGCCGCUCAGGGUCCCUCUCCGCUACCUCCUACCACCAUUCUUUCUUCGAAGCCUAUCUCCCAGGCUGCCGCGCACGAUUUCCUAGCCGCCUACCUCGAUCGCGCCGCCACAGACCCCGCCCUCCAACCUAAUGCCGGUAUUAGCGAACAUGGCCCGACCUCGCGCACCACGGCUGCGGCACCCAAUCUCAUUUUGCACAAUCUGAAGCGCGUUCAGGCUGGACUUGCUGGCGAAGUCCUGGGCAGGGACCUGGCUCUUGCGAAGCUCAGCGCUGGAGAGGAGGGCAAUGCGCAGCAGGCGGAGGCCGGAACUGAGGGGUGGGAGGAUCCGAAGAAGCUUCAGGAAGAGGUUGUUGCUGCCGAUGAUGAUGACGAUGUUCGGAUGGAUAUGGACGUUGUUGAGACAGAGCAGAAUGCUGAGGCCGCUGCGGGUCUUGAUAAAGAGGAAAGGAAGCGGAAGAAGAAGGAGCGUAGACUUGCAGAGAAGAGGGCAAAGGCCAAGUCGGACGCUUGA